AGGCCUAUAAAAAGAGGACCGUUGCCAGGCUCCUCAACCCAUCCCAAAGCUUUCCUCUUUUACCCAUCGCACACCGGAGAUCAGAAGCGACUCGAGAUGUCUCAGACCCAGUUGGAAAAAUGCUGUCAAUGCAUCAUCGACGUCUUUCACAAGUAUUCCAAACUGACGGAUCACCAUGACAGGCUCUCCAAGGCCGAGUUCGCCAAGAUGUUGAGGGAACAGAUUCCAAACUUCCUCAAGGACAAUAAGAACCCCGACGGUGUGAACCGCCUGUUCAAUGAGCUAGACCAGAAUAAGGACAGGGAGCUGUCCUUUGAAGAGUUCAUGACUUUCCUGGGAAGGUUCCUGGUCCAGUGCCACAAUGAGUUCCAUGGCCACUGAGGCAGCGACGGGAGGCUGAGAUUGGCCCCGGAUGGCCCCUCCUCCUUAACCUAACCAUGGUUUACCCCUCCCCAGUCCUUCGAGGCUUCUGGCCUGGCUUGUGGAGAUCGGGGGCACAAUAAAGAAUUUAAUCUUCUCCAAAAAA